UGAUGACGUCACGGCCGUACGUCAGCUGCUGUGGAGGAAUGUGCGGAAACUUCUUCUCCACUUUUGUCUCCGCGCUGUUCGUCGAAGAAAACUAACCCGAGGCCGGAAAACGUGCUCGGAACUCGGUGAAAGUUUGUCCCGGAGGAGUCGCUGUCUGUCCCGUGGAGGUGAGGAGUUGGAGUCAACAUGGCCGCUCACACGGUCUUUUCGGAUGAGAUGUUUCCUGUCGGGGUUUCUGUCAUGGAAGAGGGUCAGAGUCUUAACGACCUGCCAAGAAACACGCUGCCCGCCCCUCAGCUGGUGAUGCUGGCCAACGUGGCGGCGGUGACAGCAGGGGAGGGCGGCGGCUGUGACGGCAGCACAGCUGAUGAGAAAGAGAUGAUGGAGCUGAAGACGGUGGGAAGCAGCUACUCCGACAGCGAGGACGAGAACAUCAUCAGCAGGUACAGCUACGACAACCAGAACCACAGAGAGGUCUGCAUCGUCGAGUAUCCCGAGUCUCCCGCCCCCCUCAACGCCGUGGUCGUCGGUGGUAACCAUGCAGGAGACGAAGAGGAGGAUGAUGGGGAAAAAGCUGAAGACCUGUCUCACCGACCUCAGCCCUGCCCCCCCACUGAAAAGAAAAUACCCCAGAAGUUCGCCAAACUUAAAGACGGCACUGCCCCCGUGACAGAGGGUGCAAAGAAGAAGAAACCGUUCCACUGUAAACCGUGUCACUUCCAGGCUGAGAACGAGCAACAGUUCGUCGAACACCUCAGCACCCACAGCGUCAGCAAGAUGAUGGUGGUGAACCGGGUGGAGGGGCGCAGCAAGACCAAGGCCAAGGACAUCGAGACCCCCGAGUCCCAGCCGCAAUCAGGCGGGGAGGGGGACAGCAGCGGAGAGUCGGGGGUCACAGCAGGUGACGUCAAAGGGCUGAUCAGGUGUGAACGGUGCGGAUACAACACCAACAGAUACGACCAUUACAUCGCACACCUGAAACACCACAGCAAGGAGGGCGAGGACCACAGGGUGUUUAAAUGCACGCUGUGUCCAUACACCACCGUCAGUCAGUACCACUGGAGGAAACACCUGAGGAACCACUUCCCGAGCAAACUGCACACCUGCAGUCAGUGUUCCUACUUCUCCGACCGCAAGAGCAACUACAUCCAACACAUCCGCACUCACACAGGUGUGCGUCCCUUCCAGUGUAUGUACUGUGACUACUCCAGUUCACAGAAGACUCACCUGACCCGACACAUGAGGACUCACUCAGGUGAGCGUCCGUUCAAGUGUGAGAGCUGUAACUACCUGGCAGCCAAUCAACACGAGGUGACCCGUCAUGCCCGGCAGGUCCACAACGGCCCCAAACCUCUUUCCUGCCCCUACUGCGACUACAAGACCGCUGACCGCAGCAACUUCAAGAAGCACGUCGAGCUCCACCUCAAUCCUCGUCAAUUCCUUUGUCCGCUCUGCAAAUACGCCGCCUCCAAGAAAUGCAACCUGCAGUACCACAUCAAGUCCAGGCACUCCGGGUGCGACGUCUCCGUGGACGUUUCCAAAGUCAAACUGCGUGUCAAGAAACUUGGUCCUGACAGUGUAGAACAAAACUCAGACACCAGAGCAAGCAAGUUUGACAAUUCAUCUUGCAUUGAGGAGGAUUCUGACAUGGAUGAUGGAAAUGAGGCUGAGACUCUGGACUCGAGCCCAAUCAAUCUGUCAAUCAGAAAGAGCAGCAGGCCCAGCACCGCCCACUCUGUGCAGAGUGAAACACCGGAAAAGGCUCAGAAGAAAUCCAACAUCACGUCCGAGAAAGAGAAGCUACUGAAAACAAAGGACAAGAUGGAGCCAGAGAGAAAAAUCACAACAAGGCAGAAGAAAAACGAGAAGGUCAACGAAAAACAUACAGACAACACAACUGCUAAAGAAACGGAGAUGAUCGCUUCCUUAAACACAGACAGUAAGGUCAAACGACGAGUUAAGAAGCUGCCGGCAGAGAAACCAACUGUUCAGGACCAAGCAGAAGCACCCAAAUCCCUAAAAGACCAAAAGGAGACAGAGAAAUCUGACCAACAAAGAUCCAAGGAGGAAAGAAUAGUGUGGACAAAGGUGGUAAAAGAUGAAGAGAAGUCUGGGAGGGAAAAAGAACAGAAGAAUGAUGGCAGUGGAAAGGAGAACAAAAGCUUCAAUAAACAUAGGAAGUUGGGAUCAAAGAAGACAGAGGAAACUACAGAACAUGUCGAAGAAGCUCAACAGAAACCACAAAGUCCUCAGAGGAAAGAAAAGACUUCAAAGAGGAAAGUGGGAGAAGCAUUAGAUCUUUCCAAAACGUGCUCAGCUGAGACGCCGUCCAAGACCAGGCGAAUGAAAGCCUUAGCUGCUGAGAAGCUGCAGUCGAAACCCGCCUCCGAUGAGUCCAACAAGGCAGUUGAAGCCACUCUCACGCAGCACAAGUCCAACGGGGCAACACCAGUAAAGCACAAGAUGACAAGGAAGUCCAGCAAAAGAGUUCCAGGACUUCAGAAACCUGAUGACUCAGCUGAAGACAAGAUGACAUCAGCAAACAGUCCGUCCACUGAGGCUCCAGAAGCAUCCACUCAACCAGACAACCCAACGGUCGCCACGAACUCUGAGCACCCACCGACAGAACCCUGCCCUGAGAAGCAGAAAACCCCAACAGAUGAAACUGUGCUGGAGAAGCCUCUGAACCAAACGGAGGUGUCACACACCUGCAGCCCAGGUGAGGACACACCCUCUCCAGCUGAAAACUGCCCUGCGCCUACCUUCCUCAAACCCACAUCGCCGCCCUCUCUGGUGCUUCCAAGCCAGCGAAUCAAACCCGCUGACACCGAGGAUGAUGAGGGGAUUCACAGCAGCCACGAAGGGGGAAGUGACAUCAGCGACAGUGCCUCGGAGGGUAGCGACGACUCCGGCCUAAACGGCACCGGCACCCAGUCAGGGAAGAUGGCCAACGACCCAGAAACGCCCACCGACGAGAUCCCCACACCGACGGAGCUCAAGAGUCACAUGUGCAUCUUCUGUGACCGUACGUUUCCUUUGGAGGUGGAGUACCGCCGGCACCUGAACCGGCACCUCGUCAACGUCUACUAUAUGGACAACACAGCCAAAGGACAGAAUUAACCUUCUUGAACUUCUUUUGAUGGUUUACAUUUUUUUGCUUGAAGCAGAAAGUUUGCAUUCUGACGCUCUGAGCCCGAAAACCAAUCGGAGCCAGUUCUUCCAAGUUAAUGGUCAUUAUAAUGGUUCUUAAGGACGGUUGUAUAAGAUCACUGUCCUCGUCAUCCAAAGUCAGAAUGUGACCUCUGACCUUUUGACAGAGACCAAAUGAGUUUGAUUCGUCUUGUUAAAGUUACAGAUUUUCAUUGCGUUUUGUUUGUAGCUACAUGAUAUGAAAUAACUCCGGACUCAGUCCUCCACCAUCAUCACGAUGAACAGCAGGUGAUGUUAUCACGUUAUCGACAUUAAGCUUUGACCGGUUCACAGAUCUAAAGCGUUCCCAUUAUAUAUUCACUUCUAUUAAAUGGCAACACGUGAUGCCGGCUGGUGUUCCAUCAGAGGACGAGAACACAGGUGUCUGCUUGUUCAAACGCUGUUUAAUUGUGAUGUGUAGAUGUUAAAAAUAUUCUUUUCUAAGGGGAUCUUUGUUUUUAAACCGGAAGUGCCUUUGACAAUCAUUAAUGUCUCAGCUGUUUGUUUCAGUGACGUCAUUCACAUGUUGAUUUACUGUCUGUUAGCCUCAGCGGGAAGAUGCCGCCGCCCACUUUGGUUUUAGGUAGAACUGAACAUCGAAUAUGAAACAUUUCAUUCUCCCUCAGAACAAAUAAUUAGUUUAAUGUUUAUUAACCUUUAAAAACUGUUGCUGAAGGAAAAACAAUAAAUGAAACUCGUGUAAAUAAA